GGCUGCCGGUGGUGGGGCGGGCCCGGCGGCGCAGACGGGAGGCGCGGCGGCUGUGUCUGACGAGAGCUGGAGCAGGCAGUGGGAGGUGGUGGCGGCGGCGGCGCGGGUGCCUGAGGAGGAGGAGGCGGAGGAGGAGAAGCGGAUGAGACUGGAGACCAAAAGGCUUGCCAAAUCCUGUGCAGCUCAGAAGUGGGAGUCCCGGGGCGCUGCCCCUCCCCCUCCAUUGCCCCCUCCACUCUGGGCCAGAGGCAGCAUGGUCCGUGGGGCACCAUGGGACCCGACAGAGUGACAGCCAGAGAGCUGUGUGAGAACGACGACCUUGCCACCAGCCUUGUCCUGGACCCCUACCUCGGCUUCCGUACCCAUAAGAUGAACGUCAGCCCCGUGCCCCCGCUGCGGCGACAGCACCACCUGCGCUCAGCGCUGGAGGCCUUCCUGAGGCAGCGGGACCUGGAGGCUGCGUACCGGGCCCUGACGCUGGGAGGCUGGAUGGCCCACUACUUCCAGAGCCGGGGCCCUCGGCAGGAGGCUGCCCUCAAGACCCACAUCUAUCGCUACCUCCGAGCCUUCCUGCCUGAAAGUGGCUUCACCAUCCUGCCCUGUACGCGGUACUCCAUGGAAACGAAUGGAGCCAAGAUUGUGUCUACCAGAGCUUGGAAGAAGAACGAGAAGCUGGAACUGCUGGUGGGCUGCAUCGCGGAGCUGCGGGAGGCGGACGAGGGGCUGCUGAGGGCUGGGGAGAACGACUUCAGCAUCAUGUACUCCACCCGGAAACGGAGUGCACAGCUGUGGCUGGGCCCGGCAGCCUUCAUAAACCAUGACUGCAAACCCAACUGCAAGUUUGUGCCCGCAGAUGGGAAUGCGGCCUGCGUGAAAGUGCUCCGGGACAUCGAGCCAGGGGACGAGGUCACCUGCUUCUAUGGGGAGGGCUUCUUUGGUGAGAAGAAUGAGCACUGUGAAUGCUACACGUGUGAGAGGAAAGGCGAAGGAGCCUUCCGCCUGCAGCCCAGGGAGGUCCUACCGCCACGGCCCCUGGACAAGUAUGAGCUCCGGGAGACCAAGAGGAGGCUGCAGCAGGGCCUGGAUGGCGGUGGUCGCCUGCUGGGCCCCAGGGCCUGUGCUCACCUCUCCGCGCUGCGCCGGGACCCGUUCUGUGCCUGCCAACCCUGCUGCCCUCUGCCCUGUGGUGCUCGCCCGGAAGCCUCGCCCCUCUGGCUCCAGUGGCUGCCGCAGCCCCCACUCCGAGUGCGGCCCCGGAGGCGCCGACGCCCUCAGCAGCGGCGGGCCCCAGCGCCCCCCGUUUUCCGCGCUGCCCGCGUCUCCCUGCACCAGUGGGGUGGCUGUGGUCCCCACUGCUGCCUGCGAGCAGAGGCCCUGGUGGCCCUGGGCCCAGCCCCCCGUGCCCACUGGGCCCCUCAGCAGGACUGGCACUGGGCCCGGCGCUACGGGCUGCCUUACGUGGUGCGUGUGGACCUGAGCCGGGUGGCUCCGGGCCCACCUGCUGCCCCCGCCCCGGCCGGGACCCCAGGCCCUGCCCCCGUCCCCAAGCAGGCCCUCGCCUUUGCCCCCUUUUCCCCACCCAAGCGCCUGAGGCUGGUGGUCAGCCAUGGCUCCAUUGACCUGGACGUCAACAGUGAUGGGCCAUGACAGGCUGGACAGGGAGGCCCCAGGCCAGGAGAGGAAGGAAUCCCUCCUCACCCCCCUCCCCCCAAGCCCCAAGUUCUUGGGGACUCACUGACCUCUAGAAGGAGCCAUUGGCUGGCCCUAGGCCCCAGCACAGUUCUGCCCUGGGCUGGGCUGGUUUGGGGACACCCGGGGGUGUGACCCCUGACCCUUUGUGACUGCUGUCCCCUGAGCCACCCCCACCCCAGCAGGGUACCGUGGCUGCUGCUGCCUUCCUACCCCAACUCCAGCCUCAGGACUGCGGGAGCUGCUCCCUUCCCCACCCACCUCCUUCCUGCCCAGGGAGCAAAGCCAUAAGGGGUAGGGGCCGCCCUGUGGCAUCUCCCCAGAAGCCCAGGCCUCAGGAGGCAAUGGAGCUGACCCAGGGUGGCACUGCUUAGAAACAGCAUGACAGAGGGGAGAGGAGUGGGCUUGCUCCUGGCUCCGCGACUGUCUGAGGCAAGGGGCUGUCUGGGACACAUCCUCACCAGCGGGGGGGGGGGGGGGGGGGGGGGGGUCUCAGGGAGGCCGGAUGCGACCUCGUCUUUCUCAUGGUGCUAUCCCUGGUGCUACUGGGGUGUGGGGGGGGUCCCUCCCCUCCCCCACACCAGAAUGGGGUAUGUUGGGGGAUUGGAAGCACUUGAACUUUUUAUUUUAUUAAAACCUUGUUAUAAGCAGCA